AUGGCACCUCCAGCAAUCAUCGCACCGUCGAUUCUCUCGGCGGAUUUCGCCAAGUUGGGAGAGGAGUGCUCGAGGACCAUUGAGCAGGGCGCGGAUUGGUUGCACGUUGACAUUAUGGACGGCCACUUUGUCCCCAACAUAACAUUCGGAGCCCCCGUCGUCACCAUGAUCCGGAAACACGUCGCCGGACCAGAGGGAAAGUUUGCCAAGGGGACGUUUGACUGCCACAUGAUGAUUGCCGAGCCCAAGAAAUGGGUCAAAGAAUUCAAAGCAGCAGGCUGCAACCUCUACUGCUUCCACUACGAAGCCGCCACAUCCACAGCCGCCGAGAGCCCCGCCGAGACGUCGGCCUUCAAGACGAACCCGCGCGAUCUGAUCCGGUAUAUCCACGACUGCGGCAUGUUGGCGGGGAUAGCCAUCAAGCCGGCGACGAAGGUCGAUGUGCUUUGGGAUGUUUUGGAUAGUCCCCAUGCGAAGGAGAGGCCUGACAUGGUCCUCGUCAUGACGGUCGAACCCGGCUUCGGCGGCCAAAAGUUCAUGGCGUCGGAACUCCCCAAGGUCCAGGAACUCCGCAAGAGGUAUCCGGACCUCAACAUCGAGGUGGACGGCGGACUCGGGCCCGGCACGAUCGAUCAGGCGGCGGACGCAGGCGCUAAUGUGAUUGUUGCGGGGAGUGCGGUGUUUGGGGCGAAGGAUCCGGCGGAGGUGAUUCGGUUGUUGAGGGAGGCGGUGGAGAAGAGGAGGUGA